AUGGAUAGUAUGUAUACACGAAGUGCAACUAAACAUCCAUUGUUUGGACAAAGGUUUUUGGCAGGCGUGGAUUUUGCUCGAACUACAGGACCUUCCACAUCGACAGGUACAAUUAGCUCAGCUCUAGAAUAUGAUCCGAAUGAAUUGCCUGUCGUUAAUUAUUUGCCAAUUACUGGUAAGGUGACUGAUUGUGAUGAAGCUGUCAAGAAGGAUCUUAGCACAGACCAACUGUACUUUUUGAAAGCAUGUCUAGCAGUACAGCGUGGACGUCAGGUUUCUACAAAUAUUGAUUUCCUCGAGAAGAGUUUACCUGGAAAUAUAAGUCAUGCUCGAUGGUUGACGAAAGCCAACAGGAUUUUGCGUCUCUACAUGUCUAAAAAAGUGGCAUCUGAACCUCUCAGAAGAGUAACGCAUUUCAUUUUAAACCUUUACGGACCCUCUUGGUUCAAAAUUAAAUCAAAUUCUUCUUGCCAAAAUGGUGCUAACAACUUCUUUUACUUAGUUCAGUUGUUUCAGGAACUUGAUGCAUUAGAUCAGGCUGUGGUUCGUCCUGUUCUCGAAAAUAACUGCUACUUUGCGCAUGCUGAAAACAUUCUCUUAGCUGCAGUUAGUGAUAGUGAUAUGGAAAUUGGUCGUUUUUCAGUAGAACAAAUAAUAAGAGCAAGGGAGAAGCAGACUAAUAAUAACAUACCGGCAGUAGAGAGAACAAUUAAAGACGUUAGCGCUGCCAGCUGUAAAGUUUAUGGGAGAAAGUCCCGUCAUGGCAUGGUGUUACAGAGUAAAAAAUCCAGAUUAGAGAUACCAAAAAUAGACAGCAAGAAAGAUUUUAUUAACAUUAUUAGAGAAGACAUCGAUCCUGAUUUUUUGUUAUCAAAAUUGAAGAAUAAACUUAAUGAUGUAGAAAAAACAUUGCAGAUAGCAAAUCAUGGCAUUUAUUUCAAGAUCACAUUAAAUGAAACGAACAUUGCAAAAAUUGAUAACGAAACAGAUGCUGCAAGUGAAAUAGGGCCAUUCAAAAAUUAUGACACGCUAGGGUAUAAAAUGGUCAGAAAUUAUGUAAGAAAAUCUACACGAUGCUCAACUUAUGAUGGUGAAAGUUGGAAAAAAGCCUUGGAUGCUCUAACCAAUGGCCAGUUAUUUAGUAAAGUUAUUAGAGAAUAUGGAGUUCCUGCAAGAACUUUAAGAAGACAUCAAAAAGCCAUGACAACAUCUCCGGUAACUAUAAAGCUUAGUCGGUUGUCAAGCGAUCUAAAGAUUUGA